AUGGCUUCUUGCAAGCCGGCUUGCUACCUCGGGCUUCUCUUCUCCAUCACUUGCCUCUUGCAGGUCCUACUGCUACCAGCGGCGGCGCACCCGCCGUCGUGCGAGAAGUCCGACCAUGAGCUGAGGUUCCUGUUCUCGCAGUGGAGGGCCAAGUACGCCAAGCACUACUCGUGCCCGGAGGAGCAGGAGAAGCGGUACCAGGUGUGGAAGGACAACACCAACUUCAUCGGCGCCUUCCGCAGCCAGACCGACAUCAGCUCCGGCGUCGGCGCGUUCGCGCCGCAGACCAUCACCGACUCCUUCGUCGGCAUGAACAGGUUCGGCGACCUCACCUCCGGCGAGUUCGUGCAGCAGUUCACCGGGUUCAACGCCACCGGGUUCCGCCGGCCUACGCCCAGCCACAUCUCGCCGCACUCGUGGCAGCCGGGCUGCGUCGACUGGCGGUCCAGCGGCGCCGUCACCGGCGUCAAGCACCAAGGCAACUGCGCGUCGUGCUGGGCGUUCGCGGCGGCGGCGGCGAUCGAAGGCCUUCACAAGAUCAAGACCGGCGAGCUGGUGUCGCUGUCCGAGCAGGUGAUGCUGGACUGCGACGGCGGGAGCAACGGGUGCAGCGGCGGGCGCUCGGACACGGCCCUCAACCUGGUGGCCUCCCGCGGGGGCAUCGCGUCGGAGGAGAAUUACCCCUACACCAGCGUCAGGGGCGCCUGCGAUGUGGGCAAGCUGCUGUCCGGCCACUCGGCGUCGCUGUCGGGCUUCAGCGCCGUGCCGCCCAACGACGAGCAGCAGCUGGCGCUGGCGGUGGCGCGGCAGCCGGUGACGGCGUACAUCGACGCCAGCGCGCGCGACUUCAUGUUCUACAAGGGCGGCGUCUACAAGGGGCCCUGCUCCGCCGACGCGUCGGCGGUGAACCACGCCGUCACCAUCGUCGGCUACUGCGAGAACAUCGGCGGCGACAAGUACUGGAUCGCCAAGAACUCGUGGAGCAACGACUGGGGCGACCAGGGCUACGUCUACCUCGCCAAGGACGUGUGGUGGCCGCAGGGCACCUGUGGCCUCGCCACCUCGCCAUUCUACCCGACGGUUUGAUGGCCGCCGGCCGCCGCCGGCGUGCGUACGUGAGGCUCUUGUGUGCUAGUGUCCAACGUACACUCUAUCCAUCGAUCGCACCCACGGCUCAGAUUGAUGGUUGGGUGGCUCGUUAAUUUCCAUGUUAAGUUCCACUCGUCGCGACAGUGUAAUAAUGCAAGGGAAUAAUAAUUAAUUGUUUACUCUAUUAUAUGUGAUAUAUAAAUAUACUAA